AUGACGGGUGUUCCAGAAUGCUAUAAUUACGGUGUCUUUUUUGACGAUGGGUACGAUUACAUGAAACACAUGAAGUCAAUGGAAGAGUUUGUUCGGGAUCCAAACUACGUCAUUGAGAACGAAGAAGAUACCGUAAUUCCGGAUAAUUAUGCUCCUCCUGCUGUUGAGAUGGUCGUUUCGGAUGAUCCAGUGGACGACGAUUUUGAGAUUCCCUCAGACGACGAGUUGAUAACGGAUGGAGGUGAAUUAGAGGACAAUUUCGUCGAAUUGGCGGGUGGAAAGCGCAUGCGCCUAAAUGAUGACGAUGACGACGAUGACACGACCAGUGAUAGCUACGAGAUUCGGGGCGAAAAACCUAUUCCCUCAACUGCUAAUCUACCCCUUCACAAAAUACGCUUGAUGGAACGCUACUUGUGGGGUGCAGAGGCUGAUGAAAUGCCCAUGGAAGAUCUCUACGAGGUAUCCGGCCGCAAAAGUUCUGUUGCCGCUGCUGCCGCAAGAAAGGGCCGCCCGCUGACGGAAGGAGAAGAACUUCUUGAAAAGCAAUUUGAUAAGCUAAUGCAAGUGACAAAAUCCAGGAGUGGAUACGAUGUUCGUUCAACCAUGUCCGGUACCUCAGUCAUGAGUGAGAAUUUGCAGUCAGCCGUUCGGGCAGACGAUCUCAUGAUAUCAAAGCGGAAUCCUCAAACUGACGAUUGGGAAUGUCCUGAUGGCCCCCUUAAAAAGGCAACUCUUGGUCGUUUGGAAGAAAUGUCAGAAUCUGAUAGAGAUGAGGACCCGCUGAGGGACUGGGUGGGCAAGGGAAAAGUCACCGUGGACACAAUUAAUUCCAGUCAUCAAGACGACGGAACGGUAAAAGAGCCAGAAAUUCUCGCCAUGCCCAAAGGCAAGCCACGCUCCAAACCAGCGAAGACUAAAGUGGUAGAUAUUAGUUCGUCCUUGGAGAGUGAGAGAGGCAGCGAUGACGAACCAGAAGUUGCUGAUGAAGUGGAUUUUCAUCGCCGAUUGAAGGGGGAGACAGCAGAAGAGAAGCGAGCACGCAAGGCUGCUCUCAAGGCGCAGAAACGGGAACGGCAACGGCUGAAUGUGACAACAUUUCGCUCUCGUACACGCGUGAUUACUGCGCACCAUGUGGCGGUGGCGGUGGCUUGUCGUGGCUACGGUGAACUGUUCCGCUUCCUGCUUUCUUCGAGGCCCAUGAGCAACCCUUCGAGUGAGUUGCGAGCUUUGACGCAAAGAGCGGUUGGUCAACAUAUUAUGAAGUACCUCCAAAUUACGGACCGCUGGAGUUGUCUUCAAGUCUUUCCCACUUGGCGAGGUCUGGUAGCAACCCCUGUGAUUCUAGCCCAGGGGUCAGAGAGGAAUCGUCUCAAAAUUACAAGGCAGUUGACUAACUCCGAAGAGAAAUCUAAUCUGCUCGUGCGAGAUGAAAAGGGUUUCAGUCUCUUCGUGGAGAUUCUUAACACCCUACGAUUUACUGGUUCGCUGUCCUUAAAUCUUGUCUCUAUGGAUCUACGCGCUACUGUCCUUUCAAUCAGCGAUCUUAAUGACCUCUUGUCUGGCCCGAAGGUGGUGGUGUUUCAGCACCUAGAAAGUGUGUCGGCAACUCUACAACACACCCAGUUCUUUCCCACUGAAUCACACGCCUCCUGGGCUGGAAACACCCCGGUUUUGACAGGACCUAUUCCUCUACUUCCUCGUCUCAAAUCGCUGAACGUUUUCAUCAUUCCAAAAUUGUCGAUCAAUAGUACUCCACUGGCAAAGCUUCUGCGACUCGCUCUGAAUGCCAGCAGCAUCACACUGCGAGAUAGAGACAGCUCCAACCCCCCGCGCGGUGGUCAACCCUUCUCUUGGUAUACGCGUCACAACUUUCCACAAAGUUAUCCAAAUUUGAAACACCUUUCCGCCUCCAUCUACACGGAAUUUUUGACUGCCAUGCUGAUGGAAACUAGGGGGGAUUAUAAGACUUGGUUCCCAGCGCUGGAAAAACUGACGCUUUUUGACCAGAGCAAUUAUAUGAAGCGUCAGGACUUGGAAGAGUACAAAGACAUCUUCAAAGGCAUUACCGUUGAGGUGCCGCCCUACACGAGACCGCAGUGGCCUGUGUUCGUCUUACUAAACAUAGGAUUGCUAAAUUGUUCCAAUGCUAUGAGUAGCUAUGUCCUUGUGAUCGGUUUCCAUCACAAGAAGGGCACAUCUGUGGAAUAUGUAUACCCAGAGCUAGAGACCGGUCUAGAUCUCCCCCCAGCUUGGACCUGCAUUCCACCUACGGCACUUCCAGAUGGUGCUCACAAUUUUGACAGAGAUUCCAUCUUCUUUACUGUACCCUCCUUGGAGCUAAAACCCACGACAUUGUUCGGUGUUGCUUGUUAUCGACAAAUUGAUGCUAAAGAUUUCUCAAGUCGAACACCGGAUCUGACACGGAACACUGUGCAAAAGAGUGUUGUCUUCUUAUCCCACGCUGCAUUGUUUGGUCUUAUAUCAAGCCUACUGGAUGACAUCACGGACGCAUUUAUCGCUGCUGCAUCGAGUAAGGAGGGCUACUCACUCCUUCGAAGGGGUUUUGUGGAUAUUGUACUAGCUGUAGACAGAGCUGUUUGCUCCCCACUGUACGAAAAUGAAUUACUACAGAGUCUCAGUGCAGUCUCCUUUGUGCGAGCCUAUCAACGUGAGGCCCUAGUUCUGCUAAAAACUCUGCUGCUAGAACGGAAAAUCCUCUUCUCCUGUGAGACUGCCGUCCGCUGCAUGUCCACGUGGCUCCUCACCCUCGUCAGUCUCAUUCCAGGAAUGCUUCUUGGUGGUCUCUCGACUUGCGCUAUUGUGGAUGAGUCGUGGGUAGAUGAGAGAGCCUGCUGGCCCCUUGCAACCCUUUCGCGCUCCUCUUCCUCCACAUCUGUGACCGACGGUACUGCUGUCAGUGUGUCACAGGCCAGUGAUGAUACUGCCUCUCUGGGAGCAGAGGAUCCUAUCUUCACUUCGGCUGAAUGUGCUCAAUCGUCGACUUCCAACAGUAGCGGUGGCGCUGGUCUGACUCGUGUCGCAGCGCUGCGCAUGGGUGCCACUAAUCUCUGGUCUAACGUCACCAAAACGGCCUCUGUGUUGUCGGCGCGGGUUGGCGGAGGAGGGGAGGUUGCAUCCGACCCACCGUCUCUCUCGUCACAAUCACACUCUUCGCUUUCACAGUCACUCAUCCCGGACGCCUACGCCAUGCUACCAGCGCUUACUGACGACUCCGUCUUCGAUUCUUCGCUGCCGACGGAUGAUUGGGGACUGCCGUUAGCGCUUUUCUCUCGGUUCUAUCUCUUCCUUCCCUACGUUCCGCUCCAUGUCGUGGAUAUGCUACUGGAGCAUCGGCACCAGCCAGAAGGCGAUGUUUCCACAAGUCCAUUGGAAAUGGGCGGGAGACGGGUUCGUGGCUUUCUGUGUGGCACCACAAAUCCCCUUCUGAGUCAGAAUACACGUCUUGCAGAGGUUAUUGUGAACACUCUCCCCUUUCCUUCUGAAAAUGUUGGCACACCUACGUCGGAGCCUCCAGCUGAGGGACACCUCGAAGCCGUCAGGGACACUGAACUCGAAGGUGGUGAAGCGACCUCUCGACCCGCUUUACCUGACGUCCAUUCCAACGUUCGGACGGGUGGAGUAUUUUCUCGACUCCUGAAUCGGCAAGCGGCGACAAUUCGGUUGUGUCCACCGUCCACGGAACCUGGUGGUAGAUUGCGAGACCUCCCCAUGCCCCUGGGACGGGCUAUUCAACUCAGUAGACUGGAUCGGAUCUUUAUUGAUCAUCUGGUGAACACAGCAGAACUGUGGUAUGCCGCAAAAGCUGCCAGAGGCUCGGAUUCCACCCCUGCGGAGGUGAUGGCUCCACGGGAGAUGGCUGAAGCUGAAGUUAGAAUGAGGUUUCCAGAAUUGGCCGAUUUGGAAAAGUGGAUUCGAACUCAGUUUGGUGUCUACGUCAAGUCGUUGCUACUCACUGCCGAGGGUAGAGGCAGUCAACUGGGAGACUUCAAUCUCAACUACAUCGCGUGUUUUCGCACCACCCACACCUUUCUGGCCUGGCGCAGUCAGUUGGUCGUGCCCUCGGUGAUGAACCAGAUACUGAAUCAACAAAAGGAGGAAGAGGAGGUGGCGAAAGCGGUUUCACUCGAGUCCGUUGCAGAGUCUGUGGAAUGUCGGACAGAUGAAGCCGAGGAUGUUCGGGAAGUGCCGACCGCCAGCGCCAACACUGUGUCCCCCUCAAAGACGGCCUACGCCAUCGCCUGUCCACUCAUUCAUCCGGGCAAAAAGUUUCCAUCCUCCGAACCCGCGGAUCAAAUCGUCAAUAACCUUAAGCAGCUUGGCAAUUUUGCCGCGGACCACGGCCGCAGAAUGAUGAGUCAGUGGGUUAGCGGAUUGAUGAAAUUAGGGAGUGAGAAGAGCACCCCGGCAACCUCGACAUUUGUCACUUCAAUGCGUCGUCUCGCUGGCAGUGUGCGUUCAGCUCUGGACACGGAGCGCCUUAAAUUUGAGAACAGGGAGGUCAGUGCCUGGGCGCUGCUCGAAACUCCCACAAAGUUUGCGCCUCCUAUUCCAAUCUCUGCUCUCUGUAAUCUUGACUCCAGCCAUACACAAUGGUUCCUCUCAAACACUGGAGACGUUCUUUAA